GCCAGCUCCCGAGUUGUUUUGGGAAAGUUAACGCCUGUGUUUCCAGUCGACGAAAGCGAGAGGGAGUGCGUGAGUCACGGCGGUUCCCACGGUAGCAUAGUUUUUCACUUUUCGGAGUUGACACAUCCACGGUCGUCUUCGCAGUCCUCUGCCGUCAUGUCCAACAACAGCGCCCGCAGUAAUCUGGUAAUGGCACAGAAAGCCGUCAAACAACUGCGAUUUGAAGCCAGCGUCCGCAGGAUUAAGGUGUCCCAGGCAGCCACAGACCUGAAGACCUUCUGUCUACAGAAUGCGCACAAAGACCCACUGCUCACUGGUGUCCCCUCAAGUGACAAUCCUUUCCGCCCCCCUAAGUCAUGCACCCUCUUCUGAGCAGCUGAUGGGAAGGAGGACCACAGAAGACUAAGAGAACCUUGUCCUUCUAUGCUUUCUCCAGCCCCUGCACUCCUCUUAUUGUUUAUUCACAGUAGACUACUCUUAAAACACCAAGCUUAGGGAGGUUUCCUUCUGACAAACUAAAUGACAUUAAAAGGCACCUUUUAACUGACACCCCCCCCCCAAAUAAAUCCUUGAAAUGUAACAAUUUCUUUGAAAAAUGGAUUAUAGCCAAUGAUAAUACCACAGCACAUUUCAGAGUCUGUACCCUGAUGUUUCACAGAUGGAGUAGCUUUCUGUUCUUGCUGUGGCUAAGGGAACACAGUCUGUGAUAAAAAUCUCUGUUGGACAGGAACCCAGCAUGUCAGCUGUGAGCCCAAUACGUCUCAUACAGCAGAAUAAUUUAUGUGAGGUACGAACAUUCCUGUUUCCACCAAGGUUGGCUCACUCUGAGGUGUUUGAUGGGACUUUUCAUGCCAGUAAAUAAUUUAGCCAGGAUCAACCAAGGCAUCCUUAAAACAAACACUACUUUAUGCUGCCACUUACAUUUUUUUUCACUAUCGUCCAAGUUUCCUGAAAUGACCAACUGGUACUGUAGAUAUUCCUGUUUAACAAGGAUCUGGUUAUUUCUGGAGUGAGUGAAAAUAGAUGGAUCAACAUUCUGUGACACGUACGCGCGCACACACACACAAAUACCCACAUAUUUGUGGAACUAUAUUUAUGGACUCCUCACAUGCAUACCCCUGUCCCAUAUACACACACACACACACCUUGAGUUAAAAAUAAUUAAAGAACACUACAGCCAGGGUAUGAGCUGCUACUUGGUACUCUUCUUGUUUAUCCUUAAAUCAAACUCUAGCUAAUGUAUGUCAGUAUGUUCCAAACAUUUUUAUCCUUUGUAAGGAAAACAACAUUUUAAGCUUUUUAAAAGCAAGAGAACUAUUUUGGCAUUGCCUGUCUCUGUAAGCUUCCUUUCUUAAAAAUGCCAUUGCAACUUUCUUCCUACUGUAAAGGCCAUGUGCCAGCACUUCCCAGUGAAUUGCUUCCUCAUUGGCUGGUAAAAUGGACCUUAGCUCUCAUUCUGUCUGUCACCUUUAUGAUUUCAUAACAUCAGGACUUACUCUUUCCAAAGGGUUACAAUCCGCCCUGUGUGUGAACUGCACUGAAAAACUUACUUUUUAAAAGGACCUAACACAGCUAAUAUUUUGUGCCUUAACCGAUACGUACAUGUUGCUUUUAUAUGUGAGAGUACAUGAGUUGUA